GAUGUUACAUUUGAGACGGUCACUGCAACGAAUGCUGAUAUCGAAUCCACUGAUGUUACAUCUAAGACAGUCACUACAACGGAUGCUGAUAUCAAAUCCACUACUGCUACAUUUGAUACGGUCACUGCAACUGAUGCUGAUAUCCAAUCCAGUACUGUUACAUCUGAGACAGUAACUACAACGGAUGCUGAUAUCCAAUCCACUACUGUUACAUCUGAGACAGUCACAGCAACAGAUGCUGAUAUCCAAUCCACUGAUGUUACAUCUGAGACAGUAACUACAACGGAUGCUGAUAUCCAAUCCACUACAGUUACAUCUGAGACAGUCACUGCAACGGAUGCUGAUAUCCAAUCCACUACUGUUACAUCUGAGACGGUCACUGCAACGGAUGCUGAUAUCCAAUCCACUACUGUUACAUCUGAGACAGUCACUGCAACAGAUGCUGUUAUCCAAUCCACGUAUGUUACAUCUGAGACGGU